CCCCCCCAUUCUCCCGCAUUCCGUUUUUGAGACCUUUCCGUCUACCACCAUCAUGUCGUCUCUGACUACAGGCGGCAUCCCAUCAACGGCCGUUUCCCUCCUUGGCGCCUCUCAGAUCAACCCAGGCAAACCUCUUCCACCUUUGACUGUUAAGGAGACAUCCGCGGAACGCCCAGAAACUGUGGUUUUGACUGGAAGGAACAUCAUCAUUGGUGUACCGGGAGCGUUCACUGGAACAUGCAGCGGCCAAAUUUCGGGGUAUAUUGAGGAGUACGAAGCAUUCAAGGCUAAAGGAGUAGAAGGGAUAUACGUCGUGGCGGUCAAUGACCAGUUUGUGAUGAACGGCUGGAAGGAGAAGCUCGCUCCGAAUGGUACUCCUAUUCACUUCCUGGCUGAUGAUCAAGGCACAUUCACCAGUGAGACGGGCCUUAUCUUCGAUGCGACGCCAUUGCUGGGCGGGCCUCGAUCCAAGCGCUAUGUCAUGAUUGUCAACGACAAUCAUGUCGUGUCUCUAGCAGUAGAGGACGACCCGAACAAAGUCACUGUUACGAGUGCGAAGAUGAUUCUGACCGCUUUGAGCUUCAUGUUUUGAGGUUGGAGAAGAAAAUAUAGAAGUACCGUGUACAUCACGAAUGUAACACUAUUAGAAGAAGGGAUCC